AUGAAGCACUUCAACCAAAUAGUGACCUUGGCCUGUGGUCAAAGCUUUUGCCAACAGUGCCUGAUCUGGAGCUUGGGAGAAGUUGACCGCCUCCAUCCUUGUCCUGAGUGCAGAAGAGUCUUUCAGAUGAACUCCUUAGAACACUCCCUCUCAGAAGAGCCCACAGAUAAUGAACAUUACGUAUAUCUGAACUCCCAAGAGUUGACUGAUGAACAUGGUCUGGAGGAGCAUAUCUAUGAAUGUAUCCCAUCUGAAGAUGAAGGUGAGGAUAUCUGUGAGCAUAUGGCUGCAUUCAAAGACCAAAAGAAUAUCUGUGGCUACCAACAGACUUUGAAAAAGGGAAUGACAGAAGAAGAGAAAAGAAAUCUCUGCUUACAAGAGAUUCAUUUAACAGAAGCCAAAUACUGCAAGACUCUUAAAGACAUAGAAAAGAAUUACAUGAAUCCUCUGAAGCUGUUGCUGAGCCCUCUGGAAAGGACAGCUAUCUUUAUUAACCUGGAGGAGCUAAUUAAAGUGCAGGAGAGCUUUCUAAGGGCCAUUGAUGUAUCAGUGAUGGCUGGAGGGAACAGGCUGGCUAAAGUCUUUCUAGAAUUCAAAGAAAAGCUACUGGUCUAUGGGGAAUACUGCAGCAACAUGGAGUAUGCCCAGAAGACUCUGAGUCAUCUUCUUGUCAGUCGAGAAGAUUUCAGGCAAAAAGUAAAGGAGUGCAGCUUGAAGGUCCAUUACGGGCAUUUUGCAUUAGAAGAUCUGCUAGUUGUGCCAAUGCAACGGAUUCUGAAGUAUCAUCUCCUUCUGAAGGAACUCCUCAAGCACUCUGCAGACCCUCAGGAGAGAGAGCAGCUCCAGCAAGCACUGGAGGCCAUGCAGGACUUGGCAAUGCACAUAAAUGAAGUCAAAAGGGACAAAGAAACCUUGAAGAAAAUCAGUGAAUUUCAGAAUUCCAUAGAAAACUUGCAAGUGAAACUGGAAGAAUUUGGGAAGCCAAAGAUUCAUGGGAAAUUGAAAGUCCAAUGCAUCUCCAGAAACCAUACCAAACAGGAUAGGCAUUUAUUUUUGUUUGAUAAAGUGGUGCUUGUCUGUAAGAUAAAAGGCACUAAGUACAAGCUCCAAGAGAUCCUUGAUCUGCUCUUUUACAAGAUGACAGAUGAUGCAGUGAAUAAUAAGAACACUAGGAAGUGGUCUUAUGGGUUCUCCUUAAUUCACCUGCAAGGAAAGCAGGGCUUCCAGUUUUUCUGCAAGACUGAAGACAUGAAAAGAAAAUGGAUGGAGCAGUUUGAAAUGGCAAUGUCCAACAUUAAACCAGAGAAGGCCAGUGCAAACCAUCACAACUUCCAGAUGAACACAUUCGACAAGACAAUCAACUGUGAAGCAUGUAAGAUGUUCUUAAAGGGGACUUUCUAUCAAGGCUAUCUUUGUACUAAAUGUGGGGUGGGAGCACAUAAGGAAUGCUUAGAAGUGAUUCCACCUUGCAAGAUUACUUCUCCUAAGAACCUGAACAUACUAGGUGUGAGAGUGCUUCCUAAGUUGGUGGCAAUGCAGAGUUACCAUGGUAUUCCAUCUCCACCUGGCAAGUCAGGGUUAACAUUCCAAGCAGGUGAUGUGAUUGAACUUCUUAGAGGUCCCCCUGACUCUCAGUGGUGGGAAGGAAGGUUAAUGCAAACCAAGAAGUCAGGUUAUUUUCCUAGUUCAUCUGUGAAGCCCUGGUCUGAGGAGAGCCAGCCUCCAAGCAGCAGGACCCUAUCUGGAGAAAUAGACUGUACAAGAUACCGUUGGUUUGCAGGUAAUAUGGAGCGAGAAGAGGCUGAAAAAGUGUUGAAAUUUCUUAAAACUGGGACAUACUUGAUCAGAGAAAGACCUGUAGAAGCUGAGCCAUUUUUCUUAAGUAUAAAGUUCAAGAAUGAAGUGAAACACAUUAAGGUGAUGAAGAAAGUCAACUCAAUUUACAUCACAGAAUCUAAGAUGUUUGAAAGUUUAUUGUAG